AUGGAAAAGGGUAAUUCCCCGAGACUUACGAAAUUUUUGCUAGGAUAUAUUAGUGUCCUUCAGAAGUACGUUUCCUCGAAAUAUGGCCAGGAUACUUUUAAAAUUAUCACAACGUCUCCUUCUUUGAAGAGAAUCUGCGUAAUUUUCUAAUUUGCUCCUGAGGUUGCAGGUUUCUAUCCGCCCCCAGAAGCUAUUUACAUUUGAGAGUCGAUUGAAGUUUAUAUACGACUUACUCAACGCCAGGUUGCAUUGGCUACUGUCUGAGGAUGCGUUAUAUUUUGGAGUUAUUCCCGAAAAGUGUGUCGGUAUUAUUCUUCAUUUCCAAACUGGGGUGCAAAAUUUGCAUAACUUUUAUCUCCGGUUUCGCCAAUUUAUCGCCUCUCAAUUAUCUACCGGCAAACUGCUUAAAAUAGUCAGGUAAAACCGCAUUUGUUAUGGCAACCGACCAACAGACUUCAGGGCGAUGUCGAAAUGCUCUCUUCGCAGCCAUUAAAGGUGUUUGAAGGAAUAGGAGACACUGUAAUUGAAUGGCUGCUCUCCUUGGAAACACUUAGUACGAACAGCAAAAAAGGGCUCUCAGACGCUAUUCUUGUUGUAUCUAACUGGAAAGAAGUACGACUACAGGAUCAGAGUUCCCGUAUUAUUGGAUAUAUUUACGGCUUUAAACUUAAUGAAACAGUUUUCCCUAAUUAUUCAGCAGCAUAUUACUGGACAUUAGUUUUCUUUUGCCUACUGGUUUCUUUUCGGUCACUCUUAUAUACACAUUUGUUAUUUCGUUAAAACUUUUAAAUUCUAACUCUCUUCUUUGUUUUUUAGUGCAAUGCGGUUUACUUCAUAACAGUUGGCGCAUUUCCUGAGUCCUGGGCAAACGACAUUCUGCAGGCCACCAUUCCUGUACACACAGUUAUGUACGCCAUAACUGAGAAGAUUUGUCUGGAUAGGUACCGCAGCUGUCGCCGGAAGAAUAAUCGGUGUGUACAGCGUUCUCUUUUGUUUUUCAAUGUCUUUAUGAGAAGCCUUUACUUCGUAUUACUCUCCGCGUUUUCGAAUAAUUCGUCUUAUCUCAGCACAGCUGUUAUCUUAAUGCAGUUAGUCGAUACCAACAACCGAACACAAUUCAAUCUUUCGUAAUGUGCCAUACCUCCAGAAAUGCAAAUCAGAAAUCUUGGUUUUGCAUGAGAGAGUACUCCACUAAAGCCCUAUCACCCCACUCUUCACCUUUUUCUAUAAUUUACGUUGCAAUGGACCGAUGGCUCCCCAAGUUGCAGGCGAAUCGCAAGAUAAGUCUGUGCCUAGAGAUUAUUUUGAAGCAUUCUACAGCGGAUGUGCUUUCCUGUGAAAUAUCGUUAUUGAAAUUUGUUACCAAGUUAGCAAAAAGGAAAAUUAUUUUCGUGCAUGUUUUGUACAAAAUAUGUUUGAAUGCAUAAAGACAUCAAACAUAAAUGGGAACCUUUCCUCUGUCACAUAAAUAGUCAUUUUCCAGAGUGUAAGUUUGCAAACAUCCAGAAGAAAGGUAGUCAAAAAGUCAAUAUCCCGAUGUUACCGAAAUAUCUUGUGAUUAUUCCGUGCAAUGGAUAGUCUUACUGCCCUGCUUAACUAUCCAUUCGAAGACGAAUUUUGGAAUUAUGACUAACAUUCCACGAGUUUACACAUCUGAAUUUGUCCGGUCAGGGAGCGACGAAUAAUUUGGCAGACGUUGGUUUUGCAAACGGGAUUUUCGAGUCUGUUGUCCCUGUCAGAAAAGUCAGGAAUUAGUCUGUCAUCGCUUUCCUUAUUGAAUUCUGAUUAACGAAAAUUAAUAUGGCCGAUUUUUGUUUCCUUGUCUGCAGUGGAAAUUUUGUCGAGGGCCUGCGUUACACCCCAAGUCCCUACGCUACCUGCAAUUUACUGAGAAAAUUCUGAUUUAUUUAAAAGUGGGCUUGAAUGACUUAAAGUUCCCCAACAUUUGCGUCCUCCGUAGUUGCCCUCCGACAUCACUGUCAGACAGUUAACAUUUCAGACAGAAAACUUGCUGAUCAUAAGAAGAAGCGAUCGCUGGAACAAGGACUUUAUUCGCCUGACGUUUCGGAUUCUCACUUGAAUCCAUCAUCAGAGACAGUGGCAGCAAAGGGUGAAUCAUGCACAGGAAGUUGCAGUAUUUAUAGGAUGCAGUCGCUAUGCUACCGCAUACCUAUAGCAAUUAACCGCGCUCUCCUUCAUCAAGGAUUGUUGUCCACUGGUGCGCUAAUUGCUUGCUGGCCGGCAUGCAAGUGGUUAAUUGCCGAAAUUUCAUCACCAUGUUGGAUGCUGGCGUGAUGAUUGCUCGGCUAUCUGGCUCACCGGCUCGCGGGCUCCCCGAGUGGUCAAUUACCUUGACCAGCCUAUGUAAAUUAGCAAGUGCAAUGGCCUUCCAUCCCAUAUUCGGUGCCAAGACUUAGUUUUGUCAAAGUAAUUAGCCACUCGGGAAACACGCAUGCCGGGGAGCCAGGUGGUCAAACAAUCGUCACGCCAAAAUCCAAUACAGGUGAUGACAUUUCGGCAAUUAACAACUUGCAUGCCGGCCAGCAAGCAAUUAGCGCACCAGUGGACAACAAUCCUUGAUGAAGGGGAGCGCGGUUAAUUGCUAUAGGUAUGCGGUAGCAUGGCGACCGCAUCCUAUAAAUACUGCGACUUCCUGUACACUAGCCACCCUUUUCAGCAACUGUCUCUGAUGAUGGAUUCGAGUGAGAAUCCGAAAUGUCAGGCGAAUAAAGCCCUUGUUCCAGCGAUCGCUUCUUCUUCUGAUCACCUAGUUCCUGGAACUCGCAUCUUCGCUUGUAUCAGAAAACUUGCUGUAUACUAACGCAUACAUGCUGGCCAUAGUUUGCGACAGUCUGUUAAAUGUCACAUCAAGCUUACUAAUCUAAUACAAACACCGGCCUUUAACUUUUCCAAGGAAUUGUGAAGUUUCAAAAUGAAUAUGUAGGACUUGCACAGCCCGUCGUGUUCGCAUUAUGUCGAAUGAUUUGAGUUGUAUCAAAUGUCAUAAAGAUUCAUAAAACCUGGACUUAGCCCCUUAAAAGACCUUAGUUGAGCCUUGGUUUUCACGCUCUGGACAGGACUUUUUUGUCAUUUUUAAGGUUGUUAGCCUGCUUUUUAAAAAUUAAUCGAAUUAUGUUUGCGUACCUGCGAGUUUUAGUUUUUCUUACCCUAUUUCAGCAUUGAACGUUCCACAAAAUAUGCGGACCGCUAAAUGUCUGCAAAUAAACUGCAGAAACGACUUGUUUGAAGGCGUUUUUUCAUCUUCAGCUCAAUUACUAAACAUAGCAUCCUCAACACCUUAUUAUCUUAUCUAGUUUUCAUGCCUAUGUGGAUCCAUCAGUCUCUCAGCAGGAGUUGGUUCCGACCUCUCCAACUGCCCUGGGCUAUAUUGUCUCCGAUGAUUGUCGCCUUAUUGUAGAGGAGAUGGAGAGAACACACAACUGUCUCGCGCUUGUAAGGGACAUUAUUUCGCUCCAGUCAAACCAUCCGCUCAUCACUGGAUGUGAGUGAUCUUCCCCUUCCUUAGUCAUGAGAAACUCAAGCGACGGCUUUCUAAAAACACUUUUGCUUUCUUCCAAUUCAUUCAGCUCAGGAAAAGUUGGCCACUGCGUCUCCCAGCGAUCGAGAUCGGCAUUCUCGUAAGUUGACGGAGGCCUGGCUUGCUCGCUUUGGAGUGCGAGCGCAGAAACUUGCUGUCGAAGACGUUCUGCCGGCCCUGUCUUUCAAGCACUGCGAUGGCAUCGUCCGUCUGCCAUCUGCACCCACGUGUUCUCCGGUCGAAUGUGGCGCAGUAAGUGGGGUCCACCUUUAACCUUUGCACCCCAUCCAGUAUGUUGCUUACUCUACUUGACUGUACUUGCGCAUGCGUUAAUUUGACCUCACGUAGUGACAAUGACGAGACUAAGGUGCUUCCUCUGUCCCCAUUAUUCAAAGAGGAAGUGCUCUUAGAGCUCGUAUUGUUUAGUGCUUAGAUGGACUUCGCGAAAAUUCAAAGUACAUUCAGCACCUGAGUAAAAAUCAGGCUUCCUUUUUCGUAAGGCCAUUUUAUCUCAUCCACUGUUGGUUGUUAGGCUGGCAACCAUUUAACUGUCCUUUUUUAUGAAAAACUUUCUUACUUUAUAGUUGCAGCGUGCAGUAUUCUUUUAUUAGUGCACAUUUCACUGCUACGGGUGACCUGCCUUUAACAUUUUGGUAUAAAAACUAUACUGAAAGCGACUUAUUUCCGGAACUCGGACCAAAUAAAAUGAGGUACUCGAGUAUUCUGUAGUUUGCGUCAUUAGUUAAAAAGAGCGUGGGUCGGAUGACCACUCUUGGGGACCAAGUGCGCAAGUUGUUGUUGUUUUAGAAGUGUACUCAAGAUAGACUUCCCUAACAUUUCGCAGGGUAUCUUUGCAAUAUGAAGUCUGACGUUGACACAUGAAAUGUUCCGUUCUGACCUUUAAUUUUCCCCUGCAGCAUAGUUAAUUUGCAGCAAACCAUUUUAUCUAAUUCUCAUCCAUAAAAUAGACUACUGUAGGAAACUAAACAAUUAUUCCCCUCGUCUCAGUUACUUUUCAUCCAGACACGAACAUGUGCAACCUCAAGACGCUUUUACUAUCCUGAAAUUUUGGGGUACAAAGGUAUCUGCGGACAGUCUUGCACAUGUACAAGGAGAUUUUAUAGAAGUUGAGUGAUUAAAAAUAUAUCACAUAUUUCAGCUGCUGCUGAUUAAGUCUUUGGCGCACUUCUUAGAUUGUUCAAAACACUUUUAUACACGACGUCAAAUGAAUUUUUGAGAUCCUUUGUUUCAUGCCGGACCUGAACACUAUUCAGUUAGCUUUCUGAGGACUUACACCAAAGCACUUUGCGAUUUGCGUGUUAAAAAUGUUGGAUCCGGAGACGGAGCAUAUGAAAUGAAUUUACUUUAUUUUCACUGUUCCACCCCAAGUAUAUUCUGCUUAUCUGACUGUGUCUACUCAUCCUAAAUAUGUCGACUUUAUCCCAUGUUGAAACAUAGAUCUCACCUGCCAACUCACUACAAUAUGAAGUGCAGUAAAACAGAGGGAUGAGGAAAUACUGUCUAACUUUGAAGGAAAAUCUUAAUUAUUGUAUUAUUUUUAACGACAUCCUUUCCUUUUUAUUUAAUUUUUUUGUCUCUUUAAAGGUCAUAAGCCCCAAAUUUGUCAGCGCGGUCUACUGCCAAGAAUUCGUGCAUGUCUGCUGGAAGGAUGGCAAGCUGUUCCAUACGCAGAUCACCCCUCUGGACUAUCGACUGUAUCAGAGUCGAAUGAGACUCUGUCUCGCGCGCAUUAAAAGGCGCAUCCGGCGUCUGGAAAUGGACCCGUUAGGAUCUUUUUCUGUUAACCUCCAGGAUCAGGUCCGUCUCUUAUAUUUGGUAGACGACCUUUUUCUAUGUCCACGAUGAAAGUCACAUACAACUGCAUUGACAGUAGCUAACUAUACGUUGGAAAGACGUUCGCCGUUCAGGUUACGAGACCUGCUCGUCUUGUUGUUACUUCAAACUCUAUCUAGAGCCCGCAGGCAGUCGUACUGCAUCUACUAAUAUAUGCAGAAGAAGGGCAGCGAAGUAAUAUGCGACCCCAUCCAGAAUGCGGCGAAUAGGUCAUCGUGUCUUACGGAGCUGGUAGAAGUAGGGGUUAUAUGGGUGGGACUAAUGUAUGGGAAAGAAAGCGGUGAAAAAACAUGAAGUUCUGGAAAAAAUGUUCUUAUUCCAUAACCUUGAAAACGACCGGGAAAAUUGAAUACUAGUGAAAUUUAACACCAGAAACCAAAUGAAGCUAAAUAAAGCGCCCGCACAAUAAGACGCCACGUUCAGAGAUCAAGGCAGCGAAAUAGUCAACAGAGACUCAAGGGCGAAUGACGUCGGCGAACCCCAUAAGAGUAAACUGGGAACGUUGACCCAACGGCACGACAUAGUGAUGCAGAACAGCGGAACACAGGGAAGCGCCAAGGUGGCCAGCAAAGGUGAACUCUACCAAACCAGCGUGUAUAUUUAAGCGAAAACGAUACAGAAUGAUUUCAGUCAAGCAGAUAUGUAUGUUAUCUUGAAAAAGGCAAUCAGUGCACCCACAUUAAACAACACUACUUUCGAAUAAUCAGUAGGCAGUGAUACUUAAUGAGCAAAGUCGUGUCGCAUAUUGCGUCCUUUCCUGAAGAUUACUGACAAUGACAAGGGCGAAUGAGAUGACUGUUUCUGUCUCAUUGGGCUCUUUUUUAAGCUUGCCCGCCGUGUUUCCAUAUUGGACCCAAAGCACGACCGGACGGGCAUGUCCCAUAACCCAAUCGGCGAAAGCACAUCCUUAUGAUAUAUCAUUCCAUAGAAGCAUUUGCUAAAACAAACCCCUUUUAUUUAACCAACUUAAGUCACUUUCGGAGAAAAAUAAGAAUAUUUCUUUAUUGCUCAUGUUCAUAUGAUUACAACUAUAUGCCUACAUAUUAUGAUUAAAUGGACUUGACGACUACAUCCUGUAAUAACCUACGAACCACCAAUCUUUACAAAUAGUAAGACGUGAGUCCGACUUCAAAAGAAGUUCUGGUUGGCACAUUUCACCACCACAUUCUAACCACCAGUAGGCUAUGUCAGACGUUAUGGAUGAACUAACUAGUUUUACCUAAGCUUUUUAUGAACUUCUUGAUUAGUAUUCUGAUACUUCAGUCUCCCAUCAGGCCGAUUAUAAUAUGAGACAUUAGAGUUUGGCAUAAAAAAAUAUGGUAGGGACUUUGUAAGCCUUGCCUGUGAGCAUCAUACGAGUCAAUUUGAAUUUAGCUGAUAUCAAUGUUACCUCGUCCCACUGCUGUGGUCGACUGCUCCCCCCCCCCCCCCCCCCCCCCCC